AAAAAGGAAAAAUAAACGAAAAUCAGUGUAAGGCAAAAAUUAAUGCUGGUACAAAUAUGGCGUCAAAUGAAACGCACUUUAAAAUUAUUUAUAAUUUUACACUUAGCGCUACCUCUUGCAACAUUUUAAAAACUGUAAUGUUUGAAUACAAACCAUGUGAUUGAUGAUUGACAUGGACCAGACCUGUUGACCUGUUAUGCGGUGGUUGGUUCCAAACGGUAGUAAAUAAGAUUCAGACUUCUUUAUCUAGCUCUUAUCUGUCUUUAGGUCAAGUGUAACGGUCGCAAUAUGCCAAUACGUCGUCGCUGUAAAGCAGUCAUUCAAAGUUUCCUGUGCAGAAACCAACAGCAUAAACUCACCAAGUCAUAUUUUUACUUCAGUCAAAGCAAAACAACGCAAGCAGGACUGUUUACAGAAAAUAACAGAUUGUGUCAGAUAAAGUCUUCUCGCAGCUUUUCGACUGGUACCCAACUGAACAUGAGGUUCGUGCAGUUUACGGCAUCCACCGGUGGCCCACAGCGGUUGGGAGUUCAGUUAGUGCAGGACGGUGACAUAAUUGACGUUAGUGGCGUAGACUCGUCAAUUCCUAACGAUUUGGUGCAGCUUCUUCAGGGAGGUCCAAGUGUGCUGGAAAGAGCGAAAAGGGUGGUCGCGGAAGGGAAGUCGGUGCUGCGCCCGGCGGAUGUCGUGCUGAGGGCGCCCGUCACGGCCCCGGGGAAGGUGGUGUGCGUGGGGCUGAACUACAGCGGCCACUGCGACGAGCAGAACGUGCCCUACCCCAAGGAGCCGGUGUUCUUCUCCAAGUUCAGCAGCUGCAUCGUGGGCCCGUACGACGACGUCAGGCACGCCGAGAUCACCACUGCCCUGGACUGGGAGGUGGAGCUGGCUCUGGUGAUGGGGCGGCGGGCCAAGGACGUGAAGCCCGUCGAGGCGAUGGAGCACGUGUUCGGCUUCACCGUGGCGCAGGACAUCACCGCGCGGGACUGGCAGAAGGGCAGGAACGGCGGCCAGUGGCUGCUGGGGAAGAGCAUGGACACGUUCUGCCCGCUGGGGCCGGCGGUCGUCACCAAGGAGGCGGUCGGCGACGUCUACGCCCUGGGCAUACGCUCCAAGGUGAACGGCGUGCUGAAGCAGAGCGGGAACACCUCGGAGCUCAUCCACAAAAUCGACUACCUUGUGUCGUUUCUGUCGCACUGUGUCACACUCUUGCCUGGAGAUGUCAUUUUGACAGGAACCCCUGCCGGGGUAGGUGUUCAUAGAAAACCACAAGAAUUUUUAAAGGUAGGAAAGAUAAAACCUUUAUUUAUUUUUUGCAGUGCAUGCCCUGUGAAUCUAGGAAUGUUCGCCUAAUAUAUGGACAUAAUAUAUAUUGUCUUUUUGUUUUUCCCUAUCUUAUUUGACUAGAACUGGUAAGUUUUAAUAAUGUUUAACACCACCAAGUAAAAUUAAAUGCAGUUUAACAAGCUAAAAUUGUUAAAAUUUUCUUAAAUACCUAAUUUGUGAUAAUUACUUUUAAAUUUUCCAUUUUGUUUUACACCAAAUUAUUUAAAGUGUCAAAUAAAUAGUGGAUCUAAGUAUAACUGGUUUUAAAUUGAUGGUACUAAACUAAUUUAAUUUUUUGUUUCAGCCUGGAGAUAUUAUUGAAAGUGAAAUAGAUUCAAUUGGGAGAAUGAAAAACAAUGUAGUUUGAUGAAUUGAAAUAUAUAACCUAACAAUUGUCCGUGGUGGCCAAGUGUACUUGCCAACCAGCAAUCAGCAUUCCACAAGAAUGAAAUCAUCGGUGGGAAUUUACUGGUAUAAAAACUGCAUUUAUAAUCUUUAUAUAGUAUUACCCCUCCCCUCCUUUGACGUUGUAUUAAAAUUUAUUCUCUAAAAUUAUUUUCUACAAUUUUAUUUAAUCCCUGGUUAUUAAAUAUUUGUUUGUGGGCCUUGCAAAGUAUUCUGUUUUUUAAUUCACCUUUGCAUAUUUUUUUUUAAUCCUCUCCUGAACUUGCAUGAUUCAAUGUUAUGUUCAAAUUUUUUGAGAUAGUAGCAAAUAAAACAUUUACGAAGUACA